CGAUAAAGGAAAGACGAAGUGGCGCGGUCAACAGGUUUGUUGAAGUUUUUAGGACAUGGUGCAACACGUUGCCUAUCAUGUCAGUGCGGAGCUCUUGGUGGUGAUUGAUGAAAUCCCCCCGUGCACUCACUCUUACACCUCAUCUUCAACCUCCUUCCUCAUAUUCCACACACUCAAUUCCGCUUCAUCAACUUCAUCGCCCGCUCCACCGUCCCAGUCCCCAUUCAUUGGUACUGCCUGUCUCCCGUUCCUUCAGUUCGACCUCCCGAAUCCUUGUCCUGGCCGCCAUAAGUGCCUUCCCUAGCUUAUUCAGCCCCCAGUUCUUCCUAUACCUCGCCGCCACUUCCUCUUUAUACCCAAUCCCCCAAACUCUAUACCUGCUACUAGCCUCAGCGAGUUCUCUCUCUUCAGUGCCCAGCAGGAUAUCCUUCAUAUUUCUAUUCACCGGAUUCGUGAACUUAAAUCAGUUCCCCACCCGCUUGACUUGGCUCUUGAUCAUAUUCCAGUCAGCAUCGUUAAAGCCCCUGACUGCUGGGCCGAUCUUCUUCUGCUCGCUGGGAUCUUUGCUCUCAAGGAUGCUCAUACAAGACCUUGCGUCCUCAAAGUACAGCGCUUUGAAGAACAUGUAGGACUACUUUGCGCAGUUGAACGUAAUAGAGUCGCCCUGAGAGGCGACUAUAGCCUGUGCUGCGGCCUUGUUGGCAAUGCCGAGGAUGAUGCGUGUUGGGAUUGUGAUGCGCGAGUGCUUCCACUGGCAGAAGACAUCGUACGGUUUGACGUUGAGGUGGUAGAAGAAUAUUGUGUCGGACGAGGUUGUGUGGGUGCUUUAGUUUGGAGCAAGCGGGCGUUCUUGCGUUUUGGCGGCAUCUCGUGUGUUCGCGAUGUUUGCUGCAGAUGGUUGUAAGACUGUCUCAAAGUUCUCUCGUGAGACUUUGUUUUCUGUUAAGAGGAGUGUCGAGGUUGUGGCGCGUAUGAAGUACCUCAGGUGCUCUGUGAGAUGGGUCGAGCUGAUGCGGACUGUGGAAC